AUGGCAAAAUUGGUACAUAAUAUCCAGAAGAAGCAGCACAAGGAGCGGUCUCAGACGAAAGAUAGAGAAAGGUAUGGGCUAUUGGAGAAGAAGAAGGACUAUCGGUUGAGAGCCGCCGACUUCCACAAAAAACAGGCUGCCAUAAAGGCCCUUAGAAACAAGGCAUCGCAAUACAAUCCUGAUGAAUACUACCAUGCCAUGACCAGAAAGAGAACCGAUGACAGAGGAAUAAUCGUGUCGGAUAGAGGAAACGAGCUGUUAUCUGUUGACCAGGUGAAGUUGCUUAAAACUCAAGAUUCAAACUAUAUUCGUACGAUGAGAUUGAAUGAGUUAAACAAGAUAGACAAGCAAAAGCAGAGUUUGGCAUUUAAGGCCAAAGGAAAACACACAGUUUUCGUCGGGUCCAAACAAGAACAAGAGAGGUUUUCACCAGAAGAAUACUUCAACACCGAUAAAGACUUUUUGAGUAGAAGAGAGAAUAGGCCCAGAAUUGAGCAGUUGGAAAGUAACAAGAAGAUCAUCGAAAGCAACAUAGACGAGGUUGUGAGAGAAAGAUUGAACGAAAAGAAGGUCAAGCAGUACAAGUUGUUGAAAAGUCGGAUGGAAAGAGAACAGCAGCUCAAACAAGUGGAAAGUAGAAUGGAGCAGCAGAAAGAGUUGAUGAAAAAGGGUAAUAAGAAGAAGGUGGUGGAUGGGUCCGGGAACAUCCACUUCAAAUGGAAGAUCCAGAGAAAGAGGUAG